GUUCGGAUCGGUUCGGAUUCAUUUUUAUCGGAUCGGAUUCGGUUCAGAUUUUCGGGUUCGGUUUAUUUGCCCAACCCUAAUUCUGCACCACACCACCGUGAAUAAUAACAAAAAUCUCUACAUAACUAUUACAACCACACAUUAUCAUUCGGAACUUAUAUAUGAACGAGGAAAAAAGACUUAAAAUUAACUUCUUCUUCAAAUACAGUUAACAGAAUUCAAAUAUCCAAAGGUGGUGGUAAAUUAAAGAACCACGCCAAACGAAAUCUUAACUCAAAAUACUAUUUUACCAAAAGAAAAAAAUACAGUUAAUAUAACUAACGUUUUUUUUCAUUGUCAUUGACACAGUUAGCUUUUUGUUACACAGAGUUGGCAAAAGUUGAGACCUUUCCACAGAUAAAACCCAACGCUACAAUCUUCGGUCAAAAAAAUAGUUAUAAAACACAAGAAGAGCAAUAACAAUAACCACUCAUUCACCACUCAAAUGAAAUUCAUUAGACCUUUAACUAUAGCUGAAUAAGAAAAGCAAAACCUAAUGUUCAAAAAAGAAAAAGGAAAAGCAACACUUGUGCAAACCCUGGAGACAUUAUCGAUUUCAUAGUUUGGGGUCAAUUCUGAAUAGCAUUCAUACCUUUUUCUCUUUCGUUGGAUAUGACCAUAUCUUCCGUGCCAUAUUUCCAUCCAAGGUUAUGGAAACCAUACUUCAUUUAUGGUUAUUGCAUUUUGGGAAAAUAAGUGUCUGCUUGUUUUUUUCUAUAAAAUUAUUAUCGACCUAAACAACUUCAUUAAAUAUACUGAUGUAGUGGGGACUGAUCCAAAGAAAGUACACCUCAAGAUUUCAAGUUCGAGUUUUGCUGCUCAAGUGCUAGGAUGAAAACUAAUUUUAGUAACACGUUCUGCUUCCUGGCCCAAUAUGAAAAUGGGUCUAAGAUCCAAAGCCCAUCUGAACUAAGAAGUUUUUCAUUUUAGUAACAUGUUCUGCUUAUUGUCCAAGGCUCCAAGCAGAACGAUAGGUCAUGCGUAUGACAGAUUUCCAUUUUACGUACAACUCUUUUCUUUGAUGGAUGGAUCUGUAUAUUUUUGGCUCCUGAUGAUCAGGACACUUCCUUUAGUACGUGAGACGCAUUCCUGUUUUGGGAAACUGCUUCAAAAGUCUCUUUUUUCUUUUGAACGCAAAACUGCUUCAAAAGUCAGUCUUAGUUUUGUAUCAACAACAAACUUCAUUUGAAUAAUCUAGUACAUCAACAGCAAACUAAACUAAUUUAGGAAACAGUAUGAAAAAUAAAUAAAUAAUGUCAAUAAGCAGAAACGUCGCCGUCGUGGAAGGAACAACCGGCGACUGUCCUUAGGAGUUUAGUGCGAUGACAGAGCUAAAUUCGUUUAUUUAUAUAUCCACUUGCAGAAUCUUAUUUUUCUUAAAAAAAUUUAAAAAGGUUCCAGAGUCGUGAAGCCAACUCAAAUCCAACACAAAAUAGAAAUAUUUGGAGAAUAUUUAUUGACUAGUUUAAUAACAAAAUAUUAAGAGAAAUUAUUGGAGAAACUAGAAAACCUGUAUUUAAUAAUGUUCUCUCCUUGUUUCGAAUUCGAUCACUUAAGACUUGUUUUUGAUUCAGCAAAAAGUCUCUUCAUUUCUUUAUAUAAGAAAAGGCUCGAAAUCGUAUUGACAUUAACAAUAAACAUGUGCAUGUACUUUAAGUUUUAACAAAAUUAAACGUCUUUACUUAAAGCUAAAUAAAUAAAUAAAUAAAAAAGCUCUCUUUUGAUUUCUCUCUCUUUCGACCUCCCCUCUCAUAUUCGUUGAAUCACUCUUCUGGGUUCUUUACUUUUCUUUCCCUAGAUCAAAGUCCACUUUUUCUGAGAUCUGGGUUCGGACAAAGACUCUGUCUUUCUGCAUUCUACCGUUUUUGAUUCAGCUCGAUACUAUCCAGGCAAUGCCAAUUUAAACAAAAAAAAAGAAGUAAUGUAAAAGAUGAAAUAAAGAUUACAUCUUUGUAUACCUUAAGGGAGUUGGUUUAAGCGUGGUUGGUUACAAAUGGGUGAGGCGCAGAAGACUUUUCAAGGGCCACGUCACCACACAUCUUUGAAGAAGCCCUUAUGGGUCGUCUUAACAGUUUCAGUGAUCAGCAUGCUUCUUAUCAGUACCCACAUGUUCCCACGACAAGGCAAGAGGAGCUCCUCCGAUGCUUUCUCCGCGUGGCUACCUGCUCAUGUGAGGAAACACACUGAUGAGGAGAUAGCAGCUAGAGCAGUGGUCAGAGAUAUACUCAAAACGCCUCCCUCCAUAACCGAAAACUCCAAAAUCGCUUUCUUGUUCUUGACUCCGGGGACUUUGCCGUUUGAGAAGCUCUGGGAUGAGUUCUUAAAGGGUCAUGAAGGGAAGUUCUCUAUUUACAUCCACCCGUCAAAGGAACGGCCAGUCCAUAUCAGCCGUCACUUUUCUGAUAGGGAGAUUCAUAGUGAUGAGGUCACUUGGGGGAGAAUCUCAAUGGUUGAUGCUGAGAAGCGGUUACUUGUUAAUGCUCUUGAAGAUCCUGACAACCAACAUUUUGUUCUUCUUUCAGAGAGUUGUAUACCGUUGCAUACUUUUGACUACACCUAUAGAUAUUUGCUGCACUCCAACGUCAGCUUCAUUGAGAGUUUUGUGGAUCCUGGUCCACAUGGUACUGGUAGACAUAUGGAACACAUGUUACCUGAAAUUGCCAAGGAAGAUUUUAGAAAGGGUGCUCAGUGGUUCACAAUGAAGCGACAACACGCGAUUAUAGUGAUGGCUGAUGGUCUCUACUACUCCAAAUUCAGAGAGUAUUGUGGUCCAGGGAUAGAGGCCGACAAGAACUGUAUUGCAGAUGAACAUUACUUGCCAACAUUCUUCAGUAUGCUUGAUCCCAUGGGAAUCUCCAACUGGUCAGUAACGUAUGUUGAUUGGUCUGAACGAAGGUGGCAUCCAAAGACUUACACAGCAAAUGAGAUUUCAUUAGAGUUCAUGAAAAAUGUCACGUCUGAGGAAAUGAGUACACACGUCACAAGUGUUGGAGAGCAUGGAGAUGAGCUGCAUUGGCCUUGUACAUGGAAUGGGAUCACACGGCCUUGUUAUCUGUUUGCAAGGAAGUUUCAUCCUGAUGCUCUUGACACAUUGGUCAACCUCUUCCCUAACUACACAAGCACAGCUUCCUGAGAGAUGAUUCUUGAGCCGAUUCUUGGACCUAAUUAUAUUCUUGGAUCUUUUAGAUACUGUAAAUUUUCUGGAAAAAAAGCUGAAAUGAUUCUUGGAAAUUGAUGUUUCUUGGUGAAACUGAAAGCCUCUUAUACGCAAUUAGAUCAGAAAGUUUUGGUUAAAGAGUUUUAUUUUGC